CUUUCCCGCCGUCCUAUAAGCCAACGCCACCGGCCUGCGAGAGCCCUGCGUAAAAUUUCAUGUCCCCUUCGUCUGGACCCUGCACCAACUGCUGAGAAAUACGAGAAUGAUUUUUGCAUUGGCUGCCAAAGAUUCGAACAACCGAAACAAGGAUUGGUAAUUGCAAGUGGAGGUGACCUGAGCGAUCGUGACGACGGAAAGAAUAAGGCCCAACAUCUUGCGAUUGACCUCCGUCAGCUCACACCAUUCAGCCGCAAUGCCCUCGAAGCCAAAAUACAUUCGGACAAAGUUGUUAGCGAACGAGUGUUUUCACAAACUCAAGAUUUAUGUUGUCCUUUGAUUGGCCUGAGUUCGAGUGAACCGGCGUUUGUGGACUCGGAUCUUGAUUCUAGAGUGGGCGGACACUUUGGUCAACAGUCGGCUUUAACAAACAGCUUGAAUUGGAGCGCGGAAAAAGAAUUGGCACAAACACCAAACUAUUUGCAGAUGGAAAUACAAAUGGAGGUAGAUGAGGAGGUGGGUGAGCAUCUGCUGGGUAGAGGUCUUCCGGCAGAUGCGUUGGGACUGCCCUUUGGGCGACACAACACUCCAUUAUCGAGUACCUCUUCACUGAGCUCUUCUCUCAACAUCUCUUCACCCCAGUCUCCGCCAACAAUGAACUCGAAGAUGGCGAUGAGCAUCGAAAACCUGGCAACCGAUCUACAGGCCCACAUGGCAGACAGUCUCAGCGAAAAGGAGCACCAUGUUCGUAGCGUUCGUCUCCGUCUUCGCAACCAUCUCUUCUCGCAUGCAGACGGCUUUGACUCCGAGUCUCAACUACACUCUCAGCUUGAUUCCAUCUCUUCUAAUACCACCAGCAAGCUUGGCUCGAUUGCACAAAAUGGCGCUGAAGUGACAGUUGACUUUGGCACUGGUGAUGGUUCAACAGACCGAAUCACUCAACAUGAAACUAAUUUUGCAACUACUCUUCUUUCAAGUAGUAAACCCACGCUAAGUGGUAGUCAGGGCACGAAUCCCAUCUCAUCUAAAAGACACCUUCGUCCUGGGCUUUCGCCGUGGUGGCGGCGCCAACAACGGCGCCCAAACUAUCCACAGUAUCCGCAUCUCAAGCAGCCAAAAUUCAAGGUUAACAUGUCUAGCUCCGAUAGUUGGCUAGCCACUUCCAGGUCGGCGGUUACUACGGCGAAUGCAGCAGUAUUGCAGCCGCUGCACCAAACUCGUUUGCCCGUUGUCACGAUGGCUGGUCAUACUUGGACGAAAAAACGAGCUCCAAGCGUCGCCGAUUGUCACUUGGACGCCACUUACAGACGCCUCAGCGGACAAGCCCUCAGAGUCACGGGGAAAGCGGAGCAGACCACGUCGUGGCAACGGUUGUCUUGGCCGCCACUUCGACAGCCUGAGGCAAGUCAUUCUUGUCAACUGUGCGUAGAGGCACCGUCAUUGGCCGAUAAAUUGGAUCAGCUCCGCUUGGGUCAAAUAGUGCCAGAAUCAGAUCGGGAGCAGAGUCUAGACGAUUGCUGGCAGGUAAAAUCGUAUGUCUAUCGUCCAAGAUCUGAUUCUCUAUUAAUUUCAUAA